AUGAACGACCAUACGGAAGCGGAUCGUGAAAGAAAAAAAGAAAGAAAAGGAAAGAGAAGAGGAAAGAAAGAGGAAAAAAGAGUUAGAGGACGAGAAAGGAAAGGGAGUUUAGGUCGAGAAGCGGCACCACGGAACGGCGCGACGCGACGCGGAGGGUCGAGGGAAGAAAAGAGGCCGAGGCGGGAGAUCGGAGAUCCGAAAGCUCGGGAGGAAAUACCCUGGCACGGCAGACGCGCGGCGGCGAGAUAUCAAGAAGACGGUCGGUACAGGACGUGUGCGCUUUAUCACGAAGGGAAAACCAAGGUCGCGGCUACUAUCAUGGACUACCGAAAGUGAAGCGUAUCGAUUAGAAGAGCGAGCAUAACACAAUCAAAUGUCGAACAUAAUACACCGUGCGCUCGAGUCGGCGAUUUAUCCUCGAUAGAAACAGAGAGAUCGAAAGGGAGAAAGAGAGAAAAAAAGAGAAAGGCCCGGUACUUCUCGGAUCUCCUGCGACCAGAAUCCGUGGUCCCAAAUUGGAACAUGCUAGGCAGAUUGCAGUUGAUACAGUUGCACGCGUAGCACCGUUACGUUUUCUAUGCAAUAAUCGUCGUUGUGUCGUAACAUAUCGCCGCUCGUGAUUUUUUAUCAAGUUUAUCCUACCCUUCCUCGUUCUCUCGAUAUCAAUCGACCGCCCCGUAUCUCCCGCCCACCCUGCACGCGCGCACACACACACACACACGCGCGCGCGCGCACACACACACGCACACACACACACGC